AUGUCAUAUGAAAAGCAGAGAGCUGUCACUGGUUUGGCUAUAUUACUGUUAAUUCAAGCAUUCUUUUGCGAUCAGAUACUGUCACCUCGAUCAUUGAUCAGCUGUAAUUUGGAGGAAUCCUUGUUUAUGGUGAGUGCCCAAUUUGUAAAUAUAAGGCUUGUCGUUAAAUUUUAUCUCACAAGACUCGAUCAUGACAAGCUUUAUACGAUGUGUGAAAUCGGCCACCUUGACUUCCCUUCUUCUUUGGUGCAGCUUCUUGUGUUUAGAAACCUCAAGAACCUUAAUAUUUUACUCCUUGUUUGCCAUUUUUUUUGGAAGUCUUGUAAAAAGUCGAAUAUGCUCAAUAUAAUCCAGCAACGAUCCCGAUCAUCAGUUCAGCUUACUGAUCUAGUCGGCCUGACAGAUCCAAUGAAAGAUCGAAAUUGA